AGAUAAAAACGAGACGCAUGUAAUACAAGAAAAGAAAAAUAAUUAGAAUAUUCCAACUGAUGGUGAAACCAAAAUUAUUUAAAGCUUAGUCAAAUUAAGAUAAGCAAGUGGGUUUGGUUUUAAUGGAUGUAGAUCCUCGAUCGUCAAGUCAACUGAACCAACUACAGCUUACAUAUCUCCCUAUUCCAUCGACAUUUUAAUUAAGAGAAGUUCUCUUUCUUUAGCCUGAGCUUUACAAUAAUUGCUGGCUAACCUAGUUAAUAAUGCGUAAGUACCUAUACACAUACUAUGUAUUUUUUUAAGCCUUCAUGCCUCACUAUACUUGUAAUUCUCCUACCCUUCUCUUCUUGCCUUUCCCUCAACACCAUUACCCCAAAUCAACCUCUUAAAGACGGUGACGUUUUAAUCUCUACUCGAAAUAAAUUUGCACUCGGCUUUUUUAGCCCGAAAAACUCCCACAACCGCUAUGUCGGUAUAUGGUAUUACCAAAUUCCGGAACAAACAAUUGUUUGGGUAGCUAAUAGAGACAAUCCUCUAAAUGAUACCUCUGGAGUUUUGGCCAUCGAUAGUCAUGAAGGCCUUCUUCUCUUUGGUAAAAACCGAAUUAGCUUUUCUUUAUGGUCAACAAAUGUUUCGAUCCCUAUAGCAAAUAACUCCAUGGCUAAGCUUUUCGACGUGGGAAAUCUCGUUCUACUUGGUAAUAAUGCUGCAGAGAAUGUUUUAUGGCAGAGCUUUGAUCACCCAACAGAUACCAUACUCCCUUCCAUGAUAUUCGGAUGGAACCGAGUCACCGGGCUAAACAGUAUUCUCACCUCUUGGAAGUCGAUGGACGACCCGGGAACCGGAAAUUACUCAUUUUGGUUCGAUCGGAAUGGGUAUCCGCAACUUUUCUUAGGCGAGGGUCGUAGGAGUCCACGUUGGCGGGCUGGAUCUUGGGCUGGCAAUCGGUGGAGCGGUGUACCCCAAAUGACAAGAAGGUUCAUAUUCAAUGUCACCUUCGUGCACAAUCAGGAUGAAAUCUUGUACGUAUACCAUCUUCACAAUGACUCGAUUCUCACGAGGCUUGCGGUAGAUGAAUUAGGAACCCUUUACAGAUCCACAUGGAUAGAGCAAGACAAACGAUGGCUUAAGUUUUAUACAGCACCAACAGAGAGGUGUGAUAUGUACGAGUUCUGUGGACCGAACGGGUUAUGCGACCCCGUCAACAACGAUGGGUAUGAGUGCACGUGCCUACCCGGGUUUGACCCAAAGUCACCGAAUGACUGGUUACUGAGAGAUGGGUCAGGCGGAUGUGUGCGAAAGCAAGGGCUAAACCGCACAUGUGGGGACGGGGAAGGGUUUGUGAAGUUUGGAGGUGUGAAGAUACCUGACACGUCGAAGACACGUGUAAAUAUGAAUAUAAGUUUGAAAUCGUGUGAAGAAGAGUGCCGAAGGAAUUGCACGUGUACGGCUUACUCUAGUGCAACUGUGAGUGAGGGUCCCAUUGGGUGCCUAACAUGGCAUGGUGAUUUGGUGGACGCCAGGACUUAUUCUAAUUCGGGCCAAGAUUUUUACGUCCGAGUUCAUUCCACUACUUAUGCUCAAUAUUUAAAGAAAUCGAAAAAUAGUCCAAUAAGCAAAGUUGGAAAGCUGGGAAUUGCGUUGAGUUCUUUUGUCGUACUAAUUUUCUUCUUAUUUUUUAUAUAUUGGUGGCGAGAGAGAAUAAGGAAAGUGAAGCAACGGUGGAGCAAAAACAUUAAUACAAGACCAAGUAUCUAUUUUAACGACAUUUCGGAAAAAAUUGAGUUUGAGGAAUGUACAAAUUCAGAGUUAUUACUCUUUGAUCUAAACACCAUAGCCGCUGCCACAGACAAUUUCUCUAUUGAUAACAAGCUUGGACAAGGUGGCUUCGGCUCUGUUUAUAAGGGUAUGUUAUCCGACGGAAAGGAAAUAGCAGUGAAAAGAUUAUCAAAAAACUCUGGCCAAGGAAUUGAAGAGUUUAAAAAUGAAGUGUUGCUAAUUUCUAAACUCCAACAUAGAAACCUUGUGAGGGUUCUAGGUUGUUGCAUUCAAGGAGUAGAGAAGAUGCUAAUUUAUGAAUACUUGCCAAAUAAAAGCUUGGACGUUUUCAUUUUCGAUAAAGAGAAAAGGACAUUGCUAGAUUGGAGAAAAUGCUUUGAUAUCAUUUGUGGAGUUGCUCGAGGAAUGUUGUAUCUUCAUCACGAUUCAAGAUUGAUAAUCAUCCAUAGAGAUUUAAAAGCUGCCAAUGUUCUUCUAGAUGCUAAUUUGAAUCCCAAAAUUUCAGAUUUUGGUAUGGCUAGAAUAUUUGGAGGGGAUGAAAUUGAAGUCAACACAAACAGAGUGGUUGGAACAUAUGGUUAUAUGUCGCCAGAAUAUGCAAUGGAAGGACGAUUUUCAAUAAAGUCAGAUGUAUAUAGUUUUGGAGUUAUGGUACUAGAGAUCAUUACAAGCAAAAAGAACACCGGCUAUUACCAUAAUAAUUUAAACUCCAAUUUGAUUGGACAUGUGUGGGAUUUAUGGAAAGAAGGCAAAGUCAUGGAAAUAAUUGACUCAUCCAUAGAUGAAAAUUUUGGUGGCGUAGCAUUGAGAUGCAUUACAAUUGGAUUGUUAUGUGUGCAAGAGAAUCCUUUUCAUCGGCCAACCAUGUCAGAAGUUGUUUUAAUGUUGAGUAAUGAAGCAGCUCUUCCUAAUCCAAAACAACCUGCAUUUCUAUAUGGUGAUCCCUUGACUAGCGAAGAACUUAACUCGGUGAAUAAUGUCACGUGUACUGUGGUAGAAGCUCGUUGAAUGUCUCGCUUUACAUUAACAAUGUGAGAUUUGUUAGGUAUAUUAUACAUGUGACUCCAAAUUAUAUGCAUGGUAUGUUAUUAAAAUUAUAUAUAUAUAUAUAUAUAUUUGGUAUAUUUGUUGUCGAUCUGUUUUAACAAUUUUUUUUAUUUUGAUCUUUUAUUAUUAAUAAUACUAAUUUUACUUUUUGUACCUUAGAAAUGAGAAAAUAAAGUAUUCCAUUGUCUAAUAUUCUUCAA